AUGACCCACCUGUGGCCUGGUCUGAGAUCAGCUCAUGGUGGAUCGGAGUCUGAUAUACCACGCUGUACUGAUGGCCGCACACAAACUGACAUCGAACCUACAGCCCGGCUAGACAAGGCUCUAGUCCCCAGCUAUCCCAACUUUCUGAGUAACAGUGGCAUCCUGGGAGACAAGAUUGAAGGACCACAAUGGAACUGUUGUUCUGGGCAGUACCAGUUAUCCAAAUCUGGCAGUAGGUCCUCAUAUGUCUCUAUGGAUCCUCGUUGCACAACCUCUCCGAUGCCUUUGACCAAAAGUUAUGCAUGGUUCCUAUUAGAGUCAAGAGGGUUUGACAACCUAUAUGCUAUGGCUGGUUCAGGAUAUGGACUUGAGUGUUGGGGUUUUGACACUGCUCCGACUGGACACACACUGCGUCUAAUCUCGUUUUCUCGAGUAAUUGAAAACUCAUUAGGGGAGUUAUUGAGAAGCAACCAGAUCAGUCCCUUCAUAAACCAGGUUGCUGGUCUUCCUGGCAUACAGGAAUUCAACGCUGACGAGGUGCCGGGUAAACUAGAGGGCAUCCUACCAGUCAUACAGAAAGUCAACAAGAAGUUCAAAAACCCGAUUUGGAGGAAAGAAGUGAUGGUGCCUAGAACAAUUAUUUAA